GGGAAGGGUGAGAGUCGUAUGACUGUCAAAUCUACUUAUUCCUCUCUCUCUUUCUCUCUCUCUCUCGCUCUCUUUGCGGGUGAUUGAGUUGGUCUGUACUUUUCUCCGGAGAUUUUUGAUUGAGAGGAUUGGCUGAUCCUUUGCAUGAGCUGGUGAUGACCCUUCCUUUUCCUUUCUCCCUCUCUUCCGCUUCCUCUUCCUCUUCCUCUUCCUCCUCCUUCUUCCGCAGGUCCAACAGGAGGACAUUUUCCGCGCCCGCUUUUCUCUGAAAUUGAGAGAAGAUUUCAGCGAAACAGUCGCGUUCCAUGAAUCCUAGAUCUGUUGCCGAGUGAAUUCAGGGGACAAAAUGGAGGAAGACAUAUAUCCAGGCCAUGGAAGUGCUACCCAAUUAGACAACAAGGUCUUUCAGACCUUCCAAACGAGUUUUCUUCAGGUACAGAACAUUCUUGACCAGAACAGGUUACUGAUCCACGAGAUCAACCAAAACCACGAGUCGAGAAUCCCUGACAACUUGAGCAGGAACGUGGGCUUGAUUAGAGAAUUGAACAACAACAUCCGCAGAGUGGUUGACCUCUACGCCGACCUGUCGAGUUCAUUCACUAAAUCAAUGGAGGCUUCUUCAGAGGGCGACUCGGCCGGAACCCUGAGAUCAGAUGGGAAGCCUGGUCAAAAGAGAGUCAGGGCAGGAUGAAGCACUCUCCCGAAUAUCCAAUGAUUCUUUGUAGAAGCAGAAGGAAUGAUGCAGCAAAUAUUCAAAUUUCUCCAUGGACAGCUAACACUUGAAAUCCUGUGGCACUCUGUACCAGUAGAACUUGUAGUGAGCUGCUGCACUGUGUUCCUCUUAUGUUCUUUGUGUCCUGUUGUUCUGUCUAUAGAGGAAAAGGACACAAAAAAUAAUGAGAACCCUUGCAGAUCGCAUUGACAUGCCUUCGGUUUCCAUCCCAAAGUGCUUUCCUGUAUAUUGCUUUCUUUCAUCAGCGAAUCUUUUGCAUUUGAAUAAUUUUCACCCAACA